AUGCAUUGCUUUAUAAUACACAUCUCAAAGUUCUUGCAGUACAGUCAGUGUAUUUACAUAUGGGGCAAUGAGCUCGAAGAAUCAGCGUGUAUUGCUUUUGCUAAUUUAAUCUCUACAUGUCGCUUAACAGAAAACUGUACUGAUGUAAGACCUUACAUAUUCGAUGGUCGAACCUACUUAGCCUUGUUGGAUCACGAUUGUCCUUAUAGACAAUAUCGAUUUUCCGUACCAUGGUGGAAGUUUCAAGCACCGAAUGACAGAUCAGUUGCACUAUUUUGA